CUUACACAGUCGAAUGGUCGAGCGUCAUUCAGUAUUAGUCGGGUACUCUUGGGGACGCGGAGUCUCUCUCUCACCUACCCUCUUGUGGUUCCGAUCAAUUUUUUUCCCUGGGAAAUUUUUCAUCGGGGUACACCAUAUCUAGUCCGACCUAGUCGAGCUACUUCCGGUCCCGUAUCAAACCGCCCCCCGGAAUUAUCCGAGAUAAUAAUUGUCUCCUCCGCGUCCGAAGCUCUUCACGUGGAAGAUGUCUCGUCGCCCGAAGACCAGUGGACGAUCAGCAAACGCGUAGAACGUCGAGGGAACGUCGUUUUUUUCUCUCUAUUCGACGGUGAAUCAUGAUCAACGAUUGGGCGUCGACUAUUACCGGAAGUGGAGAAGAGAAUAAAUUCGGGGAGGAGGCGAACAAGGGAAACGGGUCGGAGCACUUGUUGUUGGAGAAACGAAAAGCGAAACGACAUCACUCGCUCGCUUGUAUCGCGCGGAGGCGGCUUGUAUCGUCGCCAGUUAUUUUGUACAACUGACGGAAAAACGUAGGACGGUCGAAUCUUGUUGGCGAUUAUUCUCUAUCUCUCUCGCAAUCGGUGUAUGAUUAAGAGAGAGUACUCGGAAUAAAAUGUGACAACAUUUUUUUUUUUUUCAUUGUUUUACGCAAAACUUAGAGGUCAGGAAGGAUAUACAUAUAUGUACUGAACGAUAGAGAAGUGGGUGAAGAAAUUUGGAAGGGAACCUCUUCUCCGUCUACCUUGACUUCGAUUUUUUUUCGCGAGAGAGAAGCAGAGGACAACCUUCUCUCGCUCCUGUUUAAGAGCUUCGGUCAAGGCUUCGAGGAAAAAAACCAGCCCACGUGUAUUCAUUUGCAAAUAAAAAUUAGCAAACCGACUGUUCGCUCGUUAACACGUGCGGUAUAUUCUACGUACACCUUAAGGAACUGGAAAUGCAGUUUCAGAGAGACUUUUGUGAUCCAUGACUGUUCGUUCGAAACGAUAUGCGUCUUCGAGAUCGAUCUCGCACGCAAGUUAUUGAAAUUGGAGCAAUCUCGACACUUGAUUAUGCGAGUUAAUACCGAAUAGCACCGAAGAAGAAGAAAAGAAAAAUGGACUCCUGUUUCCCGCAUUUGACGAUACUGAGUCCGCGUAAUACGAAUAAAUCGAGAGACGAGGGAUGCAACGUAAUUGCCGAGGAUACCCGCAUGCAAUCGAGGACCUCGACCCUUCAGGGAAAGAAUGACGUCUUUCAAGAUUUGGAUCUGUAUUACGUUCGACAAAUUGCACGAAAUUCGAAGGAGCAUGAUCUCGAGCAGAAGAUCGAGGUGGAAAUCAAGAUGAGAGAAGGGUCGGCGAGACUUUUGGCAGCCGCAAAACAUCGUGCUCAGAGCUUAGAAGCCGCCAAAGCAUUGCUUACAUCGAACGAGAGAAUGUCGGUUUAUAUGGCGGAAUUGCAAAGUCGUCGGCGCGAAUCUAUUAAAAAGCCAUGUAUUCCUGGAAGUUUGGGGAGACUAUCGAUUUCGGAUCUUAGAAUACCAUUAAUGUGGAGAGAUUCCGAUCACUUCAAAAAUCGCGGAGAUCAUCGUCGAUUCGCUGUAUUUUGCUUAGCGCGAUUAGGCACGGAAAUCCACGACACAUCCUUAUUAUGUCCCAUCGACAGGGCUCAUACGGAUAUCAGUUUCCCCGACGUUCUAAUAUUUAACAAUGUGCCUGCUGAAUUUGAAUUAGUCUUAGAAAUCUACAGCCACGUUUUGCAAGAGGAUUUAAGCAUCGCUAGCACUCCAAGAAGAAUUAAAAAAACGAUUCACUCGUCAAUCUCGAAAACUGUUGGCAAAAAACUCGCCGCCUCUCUUCGUGACGAAUUUAGUUCUACCAAAUCUGGACCGCACUUUGAUUUAGUAGCUCGUGCAAAACUGACCCUAGAUGACACGGACGAUAACAUUCACACGCAUGAUCUUGUUGUUAAUAAUAUCGAACACAAAUAUCAUUCUUUGCCACUUUUCGGUCACUUUUGUUGCCGAUUGGCAGCACAACCAGAUUGUAUCAACAAGGAAAUAAACAUCAGCAAUGUGAAGCUAGACAAUCAAAAUUAUUGGGCCCGUUUGCAAGGUUUUUGCAUCAAAAUAUGGGAAUCGAAAAAACAUGCAGAAGAAGGUCAAAAUCCGGAGCAUGUCAUACCAAUUAAUAAAAGAACAUCCAUUCGAUUGUCUAAAGUUUCUACUAAAGAACUUUUGAUAAAUAAUUCUGGCAAUAGUGUGAACAAACUAUUGUCCAUUAAAUUUGAAUCAAAGGAGGAAGCUCAAAAAUGGCUGAUGCUCUUAUCAACACACAUUAAUGACCACUUGAGAUGGAAACACGCUGCGGAAGUUGUUCAAAGGGUGUCUAGCAUUGAAAGUACAAGAAAUUCUUUUAUCAGCAAUAAAAGGCAGGGCUCUUUAUACGACGAGACACCUUUAAUUGAAUCAAUCCCAUCGGAUUAUACAUCCGCAAGACCUACUGUACAAACAAUUUUUGAUCUCACACCUAGUACUAGUCUAAGCAGUUGUAGUUCCACAAACAGUUUGACAAGCCUACGUUCCCGUUCAUUGAGUAUCAGCGGUGCGUUUAAACAAAGUGCCAUUACAUUAAAAUCUCACUUAACUUCUUCUAAUAAGAAUAUGUAACGAUUUUACGUGCACGAUUCUUUCUGAAGAAUCAACAUGUCCGACAAGUCCAGAUUAAUUGCAUAAAAAGAUGAAUAUACAAAAGUUUUUCAUAUAUAUUUUUCUAUAUAUCAGACUUUUCUAUAAUCUGGUAUUGAUGAUAUAUUUAAAUAUCUUACAAUUUUUUAAUUAUUAUAAAAGAUAAAUCUAAAUAUAUACAUACUGUUUGAUUGGAUGUGACAUCUUUCUCAAUUUAAAAUACAUAUGUAGCAAAAUACAUAUAUAGCAGUAUAUAAGAAAAAUUUGGAAAGUGAUAUGUAAUACAUAUCAAUUAAUAAUUUGAUAUGUAUAAAAAACUUGUUGGAUGUAAAAGAGUACAAAAAAUUUCGAUUUUUAAAUGGGUUCUCACUUUUUCUUUUCUACUUUUAUAAGAUAAAGCUUUAUUACUGAAAAAAGUAUAAAAGCAGCCCUAGCAUAAUGCUUUUGAGUUUAUUUAAAAAAUAAGAGCAUUGCAAUAUUUAGUAUGGCUGUAACACAAGAAUACACAUACAUCUAUAUGUGUGAUAUAUAGAAUUUAUAAUAUAAUAAUGAUAAAAUAAA